GGGUGAGUAAUCGCGCGGAGAUCGGCUCGGAGCGCGGGGAGCCCUCCCGCCUCGCCGCACCCCUCCCGCGCAGCGCAGCCCGGCGCCGCGACACAGCGCGGCCUCCGGUAAGCGUCCGGCGGGGUCGGGCCGGGGGGUCGGCAGCCUCCGGAGUAGGGCGGGCGGUGGGAGCUCGGGGAUCGCGUCUCACCCCCGGCCCUGAUUGCAUCAGCUCGGCUCCUCCCGUGCUUCGUCCCCACCGGUACUUUGGCCGAGGGGGAGGGAGGGAAGGAGGGGGGGGGUGAUCCGGAGUUGGGGCCGCUUCGGGCGCUGGGCCCUCCUCCCGUAAUGGCGGAGGGGAGAAAACAUCAGCCUCCCCCGCCCUCAACCUCUGCCCCAAGAAAGAAGAAAAGUGGCGGUCGAGGGGUACAGAAGGGGGCCGGUACGGGGCGACCAUGGCUGCGGAUGGGCUGUCCAGCAAAGCAUUAAAGGUGAAGCGGGAGCUGGGAGAGAACACGCCGCUGCUGUCGGAUGAGGAGCUGAUGGGGCUGUCGGUGCGGGAGCUCAACCACCACCUGCGGGGCCUUUCCAAGGAGGAGGUGGCGAGGCUGAAGCAGCGACGACGGACGCUGAAGAACCGGGGCUACGCUGCCAGCUGUCGAGUGAAGCGUGUCUGCCAGAAGGAAGAGCUGCAGAAGCAGAAGAUGGAGCUGGAAUGGGAGGUGGACAAGCUGGCCCGGGAGAAUGCUGCCAUGCGCCUGGAGCUUGACACUCUCCGUGGCAAGUACGAGGCCCUGCAGGGCUUUGCCCGCACUGUGGCUGCCCACGGGCCACCUGCCAAAGUGGCCACUGCCAGCGUCAUCACCAUCGUCAAGUCUGGUGCCAACCAGGCCGCCUACUCCUAGUGCCGGCCCCGUCCCUCGGCUGGGCACUGUCCCCCCCCCCAGGGCGCCUUCCCCUACGUACCGACUUGAGGCUCUCCUUUGCUGGGAGCUGCACCCCAAAUCCUUCCCUCUGGUCCCCAGACCUCCGCUUGUAGGGAGGACUGCCACCACGUGUGUGCCGGGUGGGAUGGCACCCUACUGGAGAUCCUGUGGGGGAAGCCCAAAGCCCAGCACUGCCCCCGUGGUCCCAUCCCUUGCUGCAUCAGUGGGUGCGUGCAGGAGGGGAUGAGUCCAUGUGAAUGGAUGGAGGCAGGGAAACACCCCACAGCUCCAAGCUGGCAGGAAAACACAGUGCACCCCAUUUUUGGGGGGAGCUGAGCGCAGGGCAGGCGCUCCCAGGAGCACGUGCCAGAGAGGGAAACGGGGAGAGGGUUUUGCAGAAGGAUGAGGGUGAACGGGGUCAGCAUUGGCCCAAUGAGAGGGAGUGGAGAUGGCAAGAGAACGUGCAGGUCGGAGGGGAACAGAAAGUGGCUGCAGGUUGAGGUGAGCGGGAUGGCGCAGCGCUGUGACAGCAACGGAGGGGGACCCUUGGGCAGGGGGCAUCUGGGGGCUGUGAGACAAAAAGGAGACGUGGAGGGGCCGUUUUCUCCCCAUCACACACAUCCUUCACGCCUCUUUGUGACCUGAGUGGGACACUCAGCCCAACCGGGUGCCCUGGAACACAGAGGCAGCGGCAGGAAGGAAGCGGAGGCAGCUGGAGUGCAGAUAACUGCUGUUUUGCUGCACACAGCCCUGCUUGGAUGGCCCCACCAAGCCCUGUGCUCCGCUGGCUCCAGGGCUUAGGCUGCACAAAGCGAGGAGACAGAGGCGUGUGAGGUGUGGAGGGCAGAGCAUCCCGCUCCUGGGAGCUGCCUGGCAGGCAGCUUCUCCCUUGGGUUUUCCUCCAGCUUGGACAUCAGCACAGAGGUCUGGGCAUCGCCACGCCAGCCGCCGUCGGCUGCAGCCUCCGUCCUAACCCAGAGAGGUGCCCGCCCAGAGGGCACUGUGUUAGCAUCCCCUCGGUCCCACUCCCCCUGGGUUUAUUUAUUGCACGAACGUAAGUUAUUUUCACGUCCUCUUUGCCAUUCCGCCUCUCGGCACAGCCAGGAUGUUGGUACAGAGCCGUACUUUAUAUUUUAUAUAUGCAAAUCACAUUUUAUCUUAUAUAGAGCAAAAAAAAAAAAAAAAAAACCUAUUUAUUUUCUGACUUACAGUAUGUGUCCUACCCGAGUCCUCUGUAUUUUGUAGACUUUACGAAUAAAGUGAGUUCUUUUGGUUUUUUUCCACA